AGGAAAAAUUAUGGGAUGGAUGCCAGCUUCUCAUCCUGCAUGAACCCGAUGCACUCCGCCGCCGGAAGUGGGUUCAAUCCGCCACCGGAAGACCAUCAAGCAGAGAACAAGGGAACGCUCCGGAGCUGUCACCACCCAUCCCAUUCAUUGAAUCAGUUCUUUAUAUUAAAACACAGGAAGAGCUCUAAUCUCGCUGAAAUGAGCACUGCUGUUCCCAACUAUCGGAGGACCAAGCCUGGUGGCAUCAAAGUGGCGGCUCCAACCAAUGGGAACGCCGGGCCCACGUCCCAGAUCCCUGGCCUCUCCCAGAGUGCGACUGAGUCCACCCCAACGGAGAGGAGCACCGGCCGGAGGGUGGGCAUAUUCGCCACCGACUCAGAGUAUGUGAAGCUUGCAAAGGCAGGCGGCCAGAAAGGCUUGCUGAGUCACGACGUGGAUACGGAUGACAAGCCCAAGGCGGCCUACAACCCCCCUGAUUUUUUCACCUCGUCCAAGAGCGGCAGCAAAGCCACGUCCCCGGACGGCCUGACCAGGGCGCUGCGGCAGCCCCUGGCUGCGCCGUUUGGCACGGAUAGCGCACAGUCCUGGGACAAAGAGGACGAGUGCGUUUCCCCCAGUAAAGAUAAGGGGUCUCCAGAGAGCCCGGCCUGUGACCUAGAGGGACUGGUCAUAUCCGAGGCCCACAAGUACAAGAGAACGUGCUAUGACAAGAAGACCCCCCCGGUCAGCAUGUCCAAGCUGCUGAGCUUCGGCUACGUGGAGGAGGAGGAGAAGAAGAACUCCAACGAUGACGAUGCCUCCAGUGUUACCUCGGAACAGACAAGCACCAUAGCGACGGAGGACGUGGACGAGCUGGAGUAGGGCGGAGAACCUCCCACCUCCCCCCCUCCCUGACGCGCACAUAGUCCGUCCCAUUCCUCCCGGGAUUCACAGCCCAUAUAAUGUACAUUCACCGACUGUUAGAUUUAGUGCUGGUGACAACGGUACUGUCCUCACUAUUUAUUUUGUUAUGAUUUCCAUCCGUUGACUUAUGAUAUUUAUUAUAUUGAUGUUCUCCAUGUGAAAGGCAACGGCAAAUUCGCAGAAAAACCAGGGGAAGGAAAUUAAUGUUCUCAUUCUGAAGGCCCAAGGUGUGAAUCUGUACACACUAGGGCUGGGUAUUGCCAGGUACCUUUCAAUUCAAUUUGAUUCUUUAGGUCUUCAUUCGAUUCAAUUUCGAUUUGAUAUUGAUCCAAUUCGAUAUCGAUUCAAUAAUACGUGCAGAUGACAAAAAUACCUAAAUAUUAUUUAGAAUUAACCAUUUCAUUGUGCUUUAACUAGCAAAAAGGAAAUAAACCAUUGUAUAGUAUUGGUCCUGAGCUAAACUAAACUUGCAGCAUAAAAGCAAUAAUCAUAACAUGGAAAAAUGUUAAAGGGCAUGUACAUUUAGGCAUACUCACUACUAGAUUACAAUGACUGAGUAUGCUUCUUUUCUUUUUAUGGAAAAAAUCUAUUUCCAACAAAAAUCGAAAUUGAAUCGAGAACAAAUAAAUUGCAGUGCAUUAAUGAAUCAAUAUUUUACCCAGCCCUAGUACAAACUAAAUUCCCUGGCGCUUGCCCCAAGUCCAUGACAUGCUCCGAAAGAGCUCAGAGAUCCAGGCUGAGCCCAGCCCAGCUGGGGGCGAACCUGUGUGUUCAUGUAACCCGAAGUUAUAUUCUCCUGCAUUGUUUGGCGCUAAUAAUUGACGUUCCAAUCGGAUAUUAUGUCUGCAGUUUUAACUUGUUUUAUUGGUUAUUAAUUCAUAAACGUAACACUUGACAGCCAGACGGUGAUAAAUGGUUGUCCGCAUUAAGCCCCUAGACACAAAAUGAUCGGAAAACAGGUUCCAUCCCAUAUCUUCCUUUUAUGCGUGGAUCUCGGAGCGUCACAGUUCCCGUCCCCUAGGGGAGGCAUUGCAGCGCUGCACUCUCUGAGCUUGUCAUGGGUGUGGGGCUGAACGCACAAAGCUACUGCAUCAUUACUCAAACUCAUAUUUUCAGCCCCCCCAAAAACAGCUGUAUUGGCGCUAGCUUUCUUCCGUUAUCUUUUGAUUCGAAGAACCUGCCUUCCAUCAAUGGCGGCCAUUGAGUGCCAUCAGUCACAUUGUUUUUGUGCUCGCAAAGUGCUGUGGUGUGAAACAUGGUGUUUGUGUUCUGACCCGGGCUGUGUGCUCCCUGGCGGUGGUGCGUGAGGCUUUCCUCCGGGCCGUUUGGAGCUGCAUCAUCUUUUGCCACGGCAGCAACCUCUCCACUGUGGGGUGGAAUCCGUGCAUAUCGCACGCAUUGCACACGACCCACGCGUAUAGGCCUACUGGCUGCUCUAGCGGUUUGAUCUGUUGUCAAGGGAUUCCACCAGAAUUCAUAUUUUGGUCUUGGUGCGUCCGUGGCACUAGAGGGUUUAUUUGAAGUUAAACGAUAUAGGGUUGUUUUAUUUAUUUAUUCAUGUCUUGUUCUUACCCUUGUUGUUAUUUCAACCUCCUCCUCUCAGCAGAGAGCGACUGAAAUGAAAUAUAAUUUUUAAUUCCGAUGGCAUACUAUUUUUGGUGGACUUUUCCUGUGUUUCCAGUCAGGCAUUGUUUAAUAUCCGUCAUAAGGAUGCCAAUAUGCAGAUUUUAGCUGCUUGUCCAGUGUUACCACAUUGUAGUCGUUAUGGUAGACGUGAGCUGAUCGAUUUGUGCACUCGGAUGACGGUGCCGCUCUAAUGCACGUGCACUGUUUACAUGACGUUCAUUCAUUCAGAGUGAGAUUCCUUUUAACUUGUGUCACUUUGCCACACCAAGUGUUCAUUAUUUUAUACAUGAUUCGUAUUUCAUUUAGGCCUAUUUUAGGAUAUUUUCGUUUUUAUUUAUUUAUUUUUUAAUAAGGAAGGAAUCCUUUCAUACAACUUGUGUAUUGUGGACAUGUAUUGAACUAUAGUAGUCAGAACUGUUGAUUGAAAUUCGUCCAGCACGCCUCACUUGUUGAAAACAAAUAAUUGGAAUUGUGCAACAAAGUUCUCCUCGCAAACAAAUUAAAUGAACAUCAACGUGCGAAGCAUUACAUCUGCUAAAUGUAACUUCUUACUGUGGAACAAAAAUUAACCAUAUUGUUGCCUAACUGAACUGGGCAUUCAUAGUGAUUUAGCAAAUAAUCGUUAUUGCAUUCCUUGAACUGGUUAUUUUUAUGGUGCCAUUUUCAUGUCAUUAGCCUACUAUUUCGUUGUAUAACUCACUAAAUGUGAGAUGAAGAAUAACUUGAGUAACAAGCGACCCUUCGACUAUGAUUCGGAGAGAUCAACUUAAAACAUGAAGUGAUGAAUAUGACCAUGUGUUUCUUGAUGAGUUCACUUUGAGUAAAUUGUCACUGAAAUAAAUGGGCAUGUGCAUGUA